UUGUCCACUAAUGCAGCUUUACUAAAAGUCUAAAACAAUAAUGUAUGUUUGUCUUCUACUUUUCCAAUUUUCUUUUGACAACAAAAGUGUCUGUACAUUCUAAUCGUUCAUUUCUUCCUAAUUAAUUUGAUCUUCCUCUUCCAGAGAGAGAUAGAGAGAGAGAAGCAAAUGGCUUACGCUGCUGUAACUUGGCUUAUGGAAACACUGUCUCUACAUUUCCUGCAAUCACAACCACGUUUGCCUCUUGAAGAUUUAGAGGCACAGAUUAGAGAUGGCAAUGAAAAUCAUGGCUUGCUGCAACAAAUUCCUGAAAUUGGCAAUGAUGGAGAGGAUUUAGAGGCACAGAUGAGAGAGGACGAAGCGUCUUCUUCUAUAAAGGCUUGCUUCCCCAGGCUUUAUGGAAAGCAGCAGCUUGCUUGGGAUACUAUACUUUUGACUUCUCGCCUCAGGGAGAUGGCUCAACUCAAACAAAAGAUAGUUUUUCUCCAUCAAAAUCUGGGCUUGCUGCAACAAAGUGUUGAGAAAUCUGAGAUCCCCUAUGAUGAUGCAAGGGUGAGGGUGAUGAAAGAUUUAGAGGCACAGAUUAGAGAUGCAUCCUUCAAUGCGGAAGAAAGGAUUGAGAUGCAGUUGACUGCCAUUUAUCUAGCAAAGGAUAGUCUUCAUGUAACAGCUUGCCUGCUCAGGCUUCAUCAAAUCUUCAAUGAAGCAGAAAAACAGACUAAUUACCACAGGAAUAAGUUGAUUAGGAUCCGACGAAGAGGACUACUACAGCUUGUCAAAGGACUAUUACACAAGAAAAUUAUUGUGAGUAACUUUUCCAAAAAUGCUUCAAAGUUUGAUCGUAAAAUGGUCGGAUGCGACAAUGUGUUAUUGACGGUAUUGGAUCAGCUCACGCAACAAUCAACUAAGGGGAGACAAGUUGUUUCGAUUGUUGGCAUGGGAGGAAUAGGCAAGACCACUUUAGCACACGAAGUUUAUGAACAUCCAUCAAUUACUUCUCAUUUCGACAAGCAAGCAUGGGUUACGGUAUCCCAAGAGUAUAAUGUCGAACAAAUGCUCCGAUGUCUUCUUAGUUGUGUUAUUGCAGCAUCAAGAGAUGGCGGCAAAGACCAAUUAGCAGAAAGUGUGUAUAAACAUUUGAAGGGUCAGAGAUAUUUGAUAGUGAUGGAUGAUAUAUGGAGCACUACUGCUUGGGAUAGUGUGCAAAGAUGCUUUCCAGAUGAUAAUAAUGGAAGCCGUAUACUAUUGACUUCUCGACUCAGAGAGGUGGGAGAAUAUGCUAGCUCAGGUAACUCUCCUCUUAACAUGCCUUUCUUAGAUGCCAAUGAAAGUUGGAAUCUCUAUUGCAAAGUCUUUGGUAAAACUGAAUUCCUUCUAGUGUUUGAGCAAAUUGGUAGAGACAUAGUGAAGAAAUGUGAAGGAUUACCUCUGGCUAUUAUUGUAGUAGCUAGUCUUCUCUCCAAGAUAAAGGAGGAGGAGGAAGAGUGGAAGAAUGUUGCAAAAAGUGUAAUUGGUGAUUCUAAUGAUGCAUGUUCCAGAAUACUAUAUCUAAGUUACCACCAAUUACCACACCACUUAAAAGCUUGUUUUCUGUAUUUUGGAGUUUUUCAAGAAGACUAUGAGAUCCCUGUGAAGAAGUUGGUCAGGUUGUGGGCAGCAGAGGGGUUUUUGAGGGCUGUGAAGCAUGUGAAUACGGAGAAAGUGGCCAUGGAAUGCUUGCAAAAUCUUGUUGAUAGAAGUCUCGUUAUAGUUAGCAAACAGAGCUAUAAUGGGGAAAUGAAAACAAUAAGGAUACAUGAUUUAUUGCGAGAUUUAUGCUUGAAAGAAGCUGGACGUGAAAAUCUAUUGAAUGUGAAUGUGAUUGGAGAUGAAAAACUUUCAUUUUAUAAGAGGAAAUCACAGAACCUGUUUUCAAAACCUUGUCGUUGGAUAAGUGAUACAUCAGAAUGUUUGAAUAAUCAAAUCAGGCCAGGAGAUAAGCGCUUUGACAAAUCUCAUUCCUUACACUCAAGGUUUGAUUACUCUAGGGGAUUUUACUUUCAGGCACUUGAUGAACUUCUUUCACACUUGAAAUUGCUAAGAGUAGUAGACAUUGAAUGUGGACAUUGUAGCAAUCCAUGUGAGGUAAAUGUGUUUGCCAGUCUUGUUCAUUUGAGAUACUUUGCUUUGACCCAUCAAUGCCGAAAUGAUCACACUCCUCUUUAUGUAAAGCUCUUUGAGCAUAGGAAUAUGCAAAGCUUUAUUGUUCGUGGAAGAUUUGUUAAAUGGGAUUCCUCUAGUGCAUUUACAAUUUGGACAAUGCCACUAUUAAGGAAUUUUUGUGUUGAACAAAUUCUUUCAUUAGAAACUUCUUCGGUUGUUCAUAGAAACUUAGAGAAUAUAUCUUGGUUGGAUCCUAAACUCUGUACACAGGAUCUAUUUACAAGGAUUCCAAAUUUAAAAAAAUUGGGGAUUGAAGGUGGAGAUGCUAAAAGUCCAGAUUGUUUUUAUAAUUUUGUGCACUUGGGGCAGCUUGAGGCACUAAGCAUCAGAGAGUGGUGGAAUCUCAACCAUAUUCCAUGUAGCGACAUCCCAUGGACAACUAGUUUUCUACCAAAUCUUAAGAAGCUCAAGUUCAUGGAUACUAAUUUGGCAUGGAGUGAUAUGAGGUUUAUUGGUAUGUUGCCGAAUCUAGAGGUUCUAAAAUUGAUAAAUGCUUGUCAAGGCCCAAAGUGGGAGACAUCUGAAGGAGGGUUCCGUCAAUUGAAAAAGUUGGUAAUUGAAGCACGUUGGAGUUUGGAAGAUUGGAAUGCUGAGGGUGACAAUUUUCAUGUGCUUGAAUGUUUAGAGUUACAUAAAUGCAAGCAUUUGCAAAAGAUUCCUAAUGGUUUUGUGGAUAUCAUAUCGCUAGCAUUGAUUGAGUUAAUCUACUGUCAGGAUUCACUUUUGGCUUCCGCAAAGUGGAUUCAAGAUGAGCAACUCAACAACUAUGGAAACACCAUCCUUGUUCGUUCUAAAAAUAUUAGCCUGAAAGAGUAAACAUCUGAGAAAGAAUGUGAUGAGGAGGAAGAGAUAGAUGACGGAGAAAUUGUUUGAAGACAAAUUUUGAAGGCUAUGUCUAGGGUGACUACUAUGUUAUAGCAUAUAUUUUGGUUUCUGGUUCUUGGAUGAUUAGAGA